CAACUGCCCUUGACUACACUUCUCCUUAAUUCUCGACUCUGUCUUGUCCUGUCUUGUCUUAGCAAUACAAAAUACCCCCCCAAUCCAAUUCUGUCCUCUCUUUGACACGUCGCAAAUACGCUAGGAUAUAACUCCUUUUCGCGGUGCCGAGACCUCUUCUGUUGCUGCCUUUCUGUGUCACCUCUAUACUCCCGCCUUAUUACGGCCUAAUAGUUAAGAUGAGCGCCCUUGCGUCAAAGCAGCAGUCGCUCAAGAUCUUUGAGAAGUUAAAGACUAAGCCCGCGAACAAAAUCUGCUUCGACUGCGGCCAAAAGAACCCGACAUGGACAUCCGUCCCCUUUGGCAUCUACCUCUGCCUUGACUGCUCCUCCAACCACCGAAACCUUGGUGUCCAUAUCUCAUUUGUGCGAUCAACGAACCUCGACCAGUGGCAAUGGGACCAGCUCCGAGUUAUGAAGGUCGGCGGUAACGAGUCUGCCACCAAGUUCUUCCAGCAGAAUGGCGGUACCGCGGCGCUCAAUAGUAAGGAUCCUAAGACGAAAUACCAGUCCAACGCCGCCACCAAGUAUAAGGAUGAGCUCAAGCGCCGCGCUGCGCGAGACGCCCAGGAAUACCCCAACGAGGUUGUUAUUACUGAUGCUACCGACGACGGAGCCGCCACACCUGCUGGCGAGCCCGAUGACGACUUUUUCUCCUCCUGGGACAAGCCUGCUAUUAAGCGACCUACCCCUCCUGUCUCUCGCACCGGAACCCCCCCUGUCGUCGGCCGCACUCCCUCUCCCUUCUUGAACUCGGGUAAUGGUAAGGAUAUCGCACGUACAGCUUCGCCUCUGUCCCGAUCUUCCACUGGCGACAACAAGCCUGCCAGCCGAAUCACUACUUCCGCCGCUCUACGCAAGACGACCACUUCCACCGGUCCCCGAAAAGCCAACGUUCUCGGUGCCAAGAAGACCACCAAGCUGGGCGCAAAGAAGGUCACUAGCGACGUGAUUGACUUUGACGAGGCGGAGCGCAAAGCUAAGGAAGAGGCUGACCGAAUUGCGAAGCUCGGUUACGAUCCUGAUGCUGAGGAGGAUCCCGCGACCAAGAAUGCCUCUGGAUCUGGUGCCGCCAUCAUCUCUCCCACUCCCGUCAGCCCCAGCCGCGGCACAAGUUCAUCGCAUACUCGCCAGAAGUCUGAUGCUGAAGUCGAGCGACUGGGCAUGGGCAUGGGCCGACUGGGAUUCGGACAGAUUGGUGGUCCCAAGGCUGCUGCUGCUCCUAAGAAGAACGCCGGAGGCUUUGGUUCCGUUGGACCUGUGAAGGCCGCUGCUGUUGAUGACUCAGAGAGAUAUGCUCGCGACAAGUUCGGCACCCAAAAGGGUAUCUCAUCCGACGAGUUCUUCGGAAAGGGUGCCUAUGACCCCAACUCUCAGGCUGAGGCCAAGACCCGACUCCAAGGCUUCGAGGGCGCAACCGCCAUUUCUUCAAAUGCCUACUUCGGCCGACCAGAGGACGAGCCCGAGGAGGAAUACGGCGAUCUCGAGUCUGCCGCCAAGGACUUUGUGCGCAAGUUUGGUAUCACAGCUGGUGACGAUCUUGAGAAUCUCACACAAAUGGCCGGUGAGGUGUCCUCACGACUCCAGGGCGCCAUUCGAUCAUACCUCGGGAACUAGACGAACUUUGCCCCUAUUGGUUCGAGGUUUAGGUGUGCGUGACUGUUUCUCAUGCUGAGAAGCGUCCUGUUGGUGAAAAGGCAGCAGAUGAGAAGAACAACCAAAAGAGGCAUGCGCCUGUUCGAUUAUCACUAUCGAGCGAGAAUUGGCGCACGGAGAAGAUGCUCUUUGGCAUGAAUCUGGGGUCGGGAUGCUUUUUGGAGCUGGCGUACAUGUGAAGUCAAAGUUGACUGCUUGGUUACUCGAAGUAUGAAAUAGAUUUGAUGUUUUCCUAGUUUAUUAAAUCAAAAACGUAUCAUUUUGGCUCA